AUUACCAAUCCAAAUGGCGCCGUCACACAACCUGAAGAUACAAUGCUGGUUCAAGUCGGAUUCGACUGCACCUUGAACUACGCCUUUGUUGUGGGCAAUGGGCAGUCGUCGGCACAAAUCUUUGCAUGGCUCCAGCCCGGCAUUGUGGAUGGACUGGCUUUGCAGAGUCAUGAGGUCGUCAUUCACACACUGACCCCACUGCCUGUCACGGGUUGCGUAACGACCGUAGCCCUGGCCUUCAUACCGAGUAGCAUGGUCCAAUCACUGAAGCUUAGCUUGAGCAUCCCGACUUCUACGCUAUACAACAACAACGAUACGAGUAUCGCCCAGCUGAUGGAUAAAAUCAACCCUGCAAUUCCAUUGAUGCCUGGUACUACUGCGCCAGGGGGUGCCACAGGAACUGAUAGUGGUUCUGCAGCUACUUCCGCUGCCGCUGGAAGCGGAAACGGACUGGAUAACACCAAUGGGCAGACGAGUCAAUCACCAAAGGCGGCUGGUGCAACGGCUGGUAUUGCUAUGCUGGCUGUCGGAGCAUCAUGUGCUUAUGGUGCGGCUAUGUUCUUGGUCGCACGACGAUACAAGAGAAAGAAGCAGAGCCAUCGUCGGUCGAGCUCCGUCGUCGGUCCGGAAAUGCGGUAUUCAGGAAGUCCAGCAACCCUAAUGAGUGGAAACGGCGCUUUCAUGUCUGGUGGGCGAACAAGCAGCCCUGGCAACGAUCGAAACAGCAGAGGAAGUGGACGGACGGGAAAUUCAGCUCGAACACAACAAAUCUCGGCACCCAUGAUGGCAGAGAAUUCUCUCGGCUGGAACUAA